AUGUCGUUUCGAGGAGGAGGAACCGGAAAAGUACUAUUACCAUUUGGCUUAGACUAUGCUGAUAUAGUAAAAUCAUCAGAAGAUUCGGAGAAACCUCAAUAUGUACUACCGGUUAAUGGAGAACCAUCUGAAAUAGAGACCUUAGCAGCCAAACAAUCAAUACGACUUACAAAAUUAGUUUCCGAUGGACCAUUCUACACGGGGAAACUAGAACCCAACCUAACCAAGAACAAGGAUCGAGAUUCUUUCAAGAAAAAAGAGCUUGCCCAUGCCAAUGAAGAUGGAAUUGAACGAUAUGGUGACAGGUAUAAAAAGGUACAGAAAAUUGGUCGUACUAUCGAAGAGCAUCCAUAUCAAAUUCAGUUUUUCCCAGAAGAAUUGUAUCCAGUGAUGGGGAUAUCAAACAAAAAUAAGAAGAAAUAUUUGACGCUAUCGAAAUAUGCAUCAAAUGGAGGAUUACGAGACUAUUUGAGUGAAGAAAAACAGGAAACCAUCGACGAGGAAGCAAAAGUACAGGCCCUAAAGGAACAAAUGUUUAAUCAAGCUGGUGUACACGAUGAUGAGAAAGAAACUGGGGAAAAAGAAGAUGUCCCCAGUGAAGAAGAAGAUGUGGACGAUGAUUUUGACGACGACGAUGAAGAUGAUGACUAUAAUGCGGAAAAAUAUUUUGAUGACGGAGACGAUGAUGGAAUGGAUGAUGCAGGAGAUGAUGAGGCAGCAUUUUAA